GUUGUUUUUGUAUUUGCACACGUGUGUUACUCCUUUGUUAAGUUUAUUGUUAAUUAAUUGUGAAUUAUGUUAAUUCUGCACCUGGUGCUGUGGCCAGUCCUAUUUGGGGCCUUGUCCGCCGCACCGCCUGCUGCCACUGUCUCCCAGAAAGCGGCAGAGGUGGCCAAGCUGCGUAGUGAACUGGUAAAAGCUCUCGAAGACAAUGACGGAGCGCAGCCCGACGGUCAUGGUCCCGUGGUGGCUCCCGAGUGGACGCAGCAUGGCGGGAAGCCCCUCCCAGGACCGGCCGCCAAGGUAGUUGUGGACACAGCCUCACUGAACAGUGCCGCCGCCCUACGCCAGGAGAUUCAGCUGGCUGUGGCCCAGCAGGGACAGGCACCGGAGGUUGCACAGCUGGAGGCACAUCUUAAGGAGAUUAGCAGCAGCAGCAGCAAAGAGCCCGCCAAAGUGGGUAGCGCCCGUCAGGAGAUGCUGGGUGCAGCCGCUGCGGCCACUAAGGAGAAUCAUGAGCCCAAUGUUGUGGAGGCCAACGCAGUGCCCGGCAUCGAUCUGGAGCAGCUGCAGCGCCUGGAACUAUCCAAGCGACGGACGCGCGACAUGCUCGUCCUCGGCCGCAUCGAGGAGCUGCUGGACGCAAGCCUGCCCGCAGAGGUGGAUCACUGGUUCACUUUGCAGGCCAAUGGCAGUGCCUUUUUGGUGGGCCAACAGCCGGAAACGCUUCUAGUGCUAAGCAGUGAGUUUAAUCCCCUCCAGAUUUAUGCCCUUACCUCUCCGGUAUCUGCUCUGCUGGCCCUGGAUCGCUGGAACAGCAAGCGACACGUCCAGGAGGGACUCCUCGUGAUGGCCUCAUCGGAUCAGCAGCUCCGCUGGCUGCGCUUAGAACCAGAGCUAGCGGGACUCGCUGCCUUCUGGGACUGGCCACUGGGCACUGGCGGUGGGACUGUGACCAAGAUAUGCGCCUUUAGUCUGGAGGGAGGCAACUUCCUUGCCCUGAUGGCCAAUCGGACGCUUAGCAUCUAUGCCUACAACCUGGAGGCAGAAGAGUUCUGGAUAGCCCAGCGAUUGCAGCUGGCAGAGGAAAUCUCUGACCUGGCUGUGCUCGAUGCCGGGCGAGAGGUGCUCCUGGUUGUAGGACAGUUUGACGAGGCCUUCAUCUAUGUUUGCAGCCCCAAGGGGGAGCAGUUGCAGCUACGCCAGCGUGUGGUGGCACCGAAUGUCAUCGGCAUCACAGCCUUCCACAUGGGCGGACGCAGCUACCUGGCUCUGGGCGGUAACCGGCCACAGAUCCUGGUCUACGUUCAGGGUCAGCUAGUGCCACGCACCAUUCUCGGCCAGAAUUUCGGCUUUGUGGAGCAAUUCCUGCCCGUUCCAGUGCGCAGCUACCGCGAUGAUUUGCUGCUGCUCGUCCAGCAUCGUGUUGAGUUCGACCCGCAUUCGUUGCUUGUCCUGGAGGUGCUUGUGUGGACUGGAGAGGCCUUCGAGGCGGGUCUGCCGCCGCCUUGUAGUGGUGGAACCUACGGUGCCAGCUGCCUGAUGGAUCAGGAGCGGGAUGGAGGCAUUGCGGGCGCUGCUUUGCUCCGCCAGUUGGAUCAACCGCCGCUGGUGUUGGUGCCGCGCAAGCAGGCGCCUUCGGGCCUCUUCCGCUUGGAGACGCAGCUGCUGGCAAGGAAUUCGGAGUCGCAGGACCUACAGGAGAUUCACCAAUUCAUGCUGGAUUGGGUACACGAGCAGGAUGAGCUCAUUCAGCUGGCCGAGAAGCUGUUGAGUGAGGAGGAGGAGCAGGAGCAGCACUACGAAGAGGUGUCCACCCCUUUGGUGGUCAGCGAAGGUGGAGGCAUUGAGGAGCUCUUCAUCAACGACAUCCGCUGGACGGGCGCAGAUGCUGCACUGGAUCUACUGGAGCUUCUCGAGCAGAUUCGCCUCUUGGAUGAGCAGCUGUCGCAGUCGAGUCCCAAACGAGCAAAGCGCCAGCCGGAUGCUCUGUUCAACUUUCACUACGAGAAACUUGAGGUGGAUGUCAUUAAGGCUGGUGAACUCAUUGUGGAGCAGCUUAACCAAGUGCCUUUCUACAUACAAAACUCUUCGCUGGAGCUGCCAUUGGGUACCCUGAAUGUCCAACACUUGGAACUUAUGGAGGCGCCAGAGGAGAAGUUUGACCCAGUCGAGGGAGCCGAGUCCCAUGAGACCUUGAAGUUAGCUGGCGACUUGGAAUGCUCGUUCAUUAAUGGAAUGAGUUGGAGCGUUCUUCUCGAGGACCUAGUAUGGCGCCAUCGUCCCCUGCGACUGCCUCAGCUGACUGUGGAUGGACCUGUAAUCUUUGAGGAUUCACUGCAUCUAAACUCCCUGAAUGAGCUGAGCUUCCCAGGGGACUUUCUUUGGUCGCAGGGCAACGAGACUAGCGUUGUGCAGGCGCCCAAGGAGUUUAGCAACACCCUCUCUGUAAAUGCCAUUGAUACUUCGGGUACCAUCAACGGAAUGAAUCCCCUGGAUGCAAUCACAUUAAAUGAUGCCCAAGACUGGCCAGGAUGGGUCACCUUCUCCCAUUUGGAGGUGUCUGAGCAAUUGGAGCUAAAUGGCAGUGCCCAGGGCCGUCAGUUCGAUGAGGCGCCUUUGAAUCCCACUCUGCUGGAAUCACGUCUCAUAAACGCCGACUGUCACUUUGAUCAGAUUCUGGUCCGAGGAUCAGUUCGACUCUCUGGCAAGCUGGACAACGAUACCUUCGACUCUCUGCUGGGUGAUCUUGUCCAGAGAUCGGCAGAUCCUGGGCAGGAAGUGCUGGUAGCUGGCGCCAAGCGGGUGGAUCAGUUGCUCCUGCCCGUGGAUGCCCAUGUAACGGAUAAUGCGCUUAGUGGAAUACCCCUAGAUGACUUUGUUACCAAGCACACGCCACAAACGUUGCGGAAUUUGACGCAACUCGGCGGGUACGUUUACUUCCACCAGUUGGAGCUGGCCAAGGCUUUCGCCUACGAUGGCGUACGCCUGGAGGAGCUACUGGCCGACAGCCUACGUCUAGAUGGGCCGGUUCCUUUGAGUUCACCCCACACACGCCUUCGUUUUGUGGACUCCUCCCCGCCUGAGUUCGAGGGUCUGCAAGUGAACCACAGCCUGAAUCAGGUGCCACUGGCCAGCGGCUAUCAGCAGCUCCACGACGCACUGCACCUAAACAAGGCCAACUUCCAGCGACUGGCGGCAGAGCGGGCUCAGGUGAACCACGAUGUGACUGGCAGUGGUCUCCUUAAUGGCCAGAGCCUGGAAGAUGUUUUGAAAGCGAAGCCUCGCACCUGGUCGGGUGAGGUACACGUGCAGGAGCUGAUCCUACCGCAGGGCGUGCAGGCGGAUCACUUACAGGCGAUAAGAGCAGACUUUCUGCUCGAUUUCCUGCAGCAGCUGGACGAGUUGCCGCUGCUCAUCCUCCAGGGACGAUUGCAGGUGGAGCGCAUCGAUGUGAGUGACUCAAUCCAUGUGGCCGAGACCCUCAACGAAAGGGACAUGAACGAACUGCAGCGCCAGGUGGUGUGGCUGAAUAGACCCAAUGAGCUCAGAACACGCUGGAUCCUCAAGGAGCCGCCGCUUAUUGAGGGUAACCUGCACAUCCUUGGCAGCUUCAAUGAGCGUUUGCUUCCCGAACUGCUGGACGACAUUGUGCUGCGACCCAAGGAGGGAGAAUCACAGGAGCACAUCAUCGAGGGCACCAAGAGCUUUCUGGCUCCCAUUCAUGCGGAGCAUCUCCAGCUGGCGGCUCUCAAUGGGAUUCCCUUCGAGCGGCUGGCUAACAAAGUCAAUGGACAAAAUCUCUCGGGCAAUGUCCAGCUUCAGGGACGUCUCUUUGUUGAGGACCUUCGACUGCAGGGCUCACUCAAUGGAAAUGGCGAGGCUCUACGGCAACUGGAGAAGCUGCUGCGCUGGGAUCCCGACCACCAGGACUUCGUGCAGCGCGGUGAGGUUUCAGUGCCGGCCAAGCAGCUGGAGAAGCUCACAGUGCAGGGUCACCUGGGUAACAAUCGCAGUGGUGAACCGCUUCAGCGGACCUUCGAUCAGCUAAUCUUCAAGCAACAGCAGCUUGGUAUCCAGUUGCAGGACCACAAGACCUUUACAGGACGUGUUCGCAUCAAAGACGGCGCUUAUAUAAGCAGCUUGAAUGACUUGGAUUUGGACCAGUUGCUGCGGCAGCUCAUCUUCACAGACUCGGAGGAGGAAGAGGUGUCCGUACAGACGCCUGUCCUUUUUGAAGCUGCCACUCGUAUGGAUCACCUCCAGGCAGAGCGUCUGGUGCUCGCCGGAGAGCUCCUCAACGGCUGUAAUGUGAGCCAGUGGCUUAGGGACACCAUUCGUGUGGAUCGUGACUUUCAGAGCCCCAACAUCACUUUCAGCCAGGGAUCUCUGGACGGCAACUCGCUGACGGUGGAGCAGCUCAACCAAGUGGAUCUGUCACGUGUCGUUACCCGGCACACGGAGCAGCAUCUGGCAGGGAACUUGACAGUCGAGGAGUUGCUCCUCGAUGGGCAGAUGCUAGUGGGAGGCAGCGUCAACGGUCGCAAUCUCUCAGCGGAGUAUGCAAAUACGCUAAUGACAAAUCCCCCCAGCAGAGAGCAACAUGUAGAGACACCCCUAUUCCUUGGUUCUAUUGAUGUCAUCGGUCCCUUGGACAUCACGUCACCGGUGAGUGGUCUUAACCUGAGCGAUGUGGCCACCCUGACGGCGGAACCUGUGCGCCUGGAGUCACCCCUUUACUUCACCCGCCUCGAAGCACCCUUUUUGCAAACGGAUCAGCCGGUGAAUGGAUUCGAUUUCAGGGAUUGGUACGAGCGCAGCCUUUGGGCCAGGGGCAGACCACAGCAGGAGAUCACCGGCAAUUGGCGGGUGAAGAAGCUUCUCGUGAAACAGGCAGCCGAUGAGCAGCGACCACGUCGACAGACUGCCAAGGAGAGCUACCGGGAUCUGUGCGAGCGUCUGUCGAGAAUUCUGCUGCCUUAUCAGGUGCAGAAGCUGCGUCAUAGGUUCUCAAUGCAGCAGGCAGAGGAUCAGGCCGAUGUGCGUCGAGUGUUUGCAGUGGAGGCCCCAGGAGGCUUCACUUACCUGCUGAUAAACGAACGUGGCUGCUGGACGCACAUUCAUCGCUGGAAUGGCACUGGAUUCGAGCGAUCCGGCGCCUUCCAGAGCGGUCCCGUCGAUGAGGUGACUGCCCUGAUGGUGGGCAACACAAGUGCCAUUCCGGAGUUUGCCUUCAUGACCAGCUAUGAGAUGCAGGAGGAUGAGCAUGAGGCCAGCUGGAAUUGUAGCGGCCUGAAGGCCACUCUUGUCGGUUGGCAAAUGACCAAAGAACGACAGGCCAUGGAGGCAAUGGAUGUACCCCUGGCCAGGCUGAGAGCUCUCCAAGAGCAGCUGCAUAGCCAAAGGCCAUUGCCGCCACAUCCCGUCUACCAGGAGGCCAUCAGGUACCUUAAGCGACCCACCAUCGAGUCCCAGCUGGGCAAGGAUUGGCAGGAGCAAAAGCAGAGACAGGAACUAGAACCCGCCGAGCUGGCCAGGAUGCGCAGCCGCCUGCUGGACACACUGGUGUUUCGGCUGCAGGCGGAGGUGAACAUCACCCAGCUGAGCAUUCCCGAAAGCGAUCUUUUCGAUGAGCAUCUGGUUGAGGACUUUCUUCAGCUGCUGCAGCAGUUGCGUGGUUUGCGACGGCGCCUGGACAUUGACACCCUGCCGCUGCCGGACACUCCGGCUCGAGUCCUGGCCGCUCGCAGUGCCCAGCUCAUUUGGCCCGUGCUCCAGGAGCUGAAAGGACUUUCACAGGUAAAUAGGACAGGUGAACAGGAGUUGCGGCUAGAGCAGGCUUUGCUGGAUGUUCUGUCAUUGGCCAAUGAUGGCCGCAGUGAUGGCGCUGGCGAAGAUGAGAGGCUGCAUGCGGUGAUUGAGAGAUUGCGUGGACUGCAGCAGGAACUUCAUCAGUUGGAGGAGCAGGAGGAGGAGGAGGAGGCCGCUUCGGAUAGAGAGGAGCAGUUCCUGCCACCGCCUAACCUCGACUGGCGGUCACUUCAAACCCUUCGCCUCUAUGUGGGACCUGCCCACCGACCCAGGCUCCUUUACGCCCGCUUAACGCUACUGACACCUGCUGGUGCCCCGCCUCCCACAACACCCUCUACAGCGCCGGCUGCCCACAUUCAGGUGCAUCAUGCGAAUGGCUCCAUCUUUCAAUCACUGGCAGCAGAGCGUGGAGCCCGUCACUUGACCACCUUAAGGGUGCGGGAUGAGACUCUCCUGGCCUACGUCGAGGGCUGCUGCACCAUCCGCGUGCUGAUCUAUCGCGGUGUUCAGGGAUUUGUGCCUUUUGCGAAGUUCACUGUUCCUUCAGAGAUCGGUGGUGCAGAGGUGCUGCAGUUGCUCGGAAUGCGGGUGGCGCUCAAGCGUGCUCCUGGCGCCGUGUAUUACCUGGCGGUGGUCCAGGCCAGACGAGUUAUUUUCUACGAACUUGUAGUUGUGGGUUUGCUGGAACCUUGGUUAAAGUGUUCAUAAUUUGGAGAAUCUUUUAAGGGGUUCCCCUUGAAGUGAAGUUACUGGAAGAGAUCCUUGUUUGUGUGUUAAUUUGUUGUUUUUUUUGUAGGCUUUAGGAAUGAAUUUUGUUAUCGCAUUAUAUUAUUAUUGAAUUAUAUUAAACUUGUGCAUCCUUAAAUAUGAAUAUCUAUCCCAUUCUCCCACCGUUAAUGACAACACCUUAUGUCCUU